AUGUUAGCAAGUGGUGGCGACGACAUGCGGGUGUUCGUCUGGCACGUCUCAGAUCUUAUGUUGGAAGAAGCACCAAAACCUGCCGUCAUCAUGGAGCGGGGGCAUAAUUCAAACAUUUUCUGCUACCAAUUUUCUCUCGAUGGCGCUGAGCUGUUUUCUGGUGGCAAUGAUGGUGUGGUGCUACGUCACGAUGUCGCCACGCGCAGAUCGCUAAGCGUUUAUGAAGAGCGCCAUCCCGUAUAUAGCAUAUCAGCUAAUCCAAUUGACAUCAAUAUCGUAGCAGCCUCCCGAGAAGGGGGAGUGGUAUCUUUUUACGAUCGUAGAGAAAAUAAAGAAGGUUCCUUCUGUCUUAUUGAUGAAGGUCAACUUUUUCGUGGCCAGUACAAUCCUGCCAAUGCACUUUUCUUUGCCACAGCAUCUAAUCGAGGUGUACGUCUGUAUGAUCUUCGGAAUCGUAAGAAGCCUCUACUUGAUCUGAGAACAUUCGUCAGUGAAGCCAUCUAUGUGGAAUGGAACUCGACUGGCACUGCUCUUACCGCCUUGCAAUCGCACUCGAAUCCAGUCUUUAUAGAUCUUACUGAGCGCCGGCGUGUUGAACUGAAGGAUCCUGAGUACAGUAACGUUCACACGAUCAAGUCUGUGACAUUUAUGGAUGAUGGUAUGGUGAUGACUGGAAGUGAUGACUUCAAUAUAUAUGCAUGGCGAUUGCCAUCUCCGGCCCAAGGCAAGUAUUGGUUCCAGUUUGUACGUAUUCCACUUCGGCUACUCAAUGCUGUCGCGCGCAGUACAAGGGAAUAA